AUGGAUAAAUCUUGGACUAGAAAGCCAAGGAACUCCAAGGAAUAUUUAAUUGGUUUAAAUCAGUUUUUAGAUUUUGCAUUUGCUAAUGCUGUUGUUGGAGAUAGAAUAAAGUGUCCUUGUCCUAAAUGUGGAUUCGCAAAGUGGCAGACUAGAGAGGUAGCACUCGAACAUUUGAUUUGCAAACCAUUCCCUCAAAAUUAUGUCACUUGGACUAUUCACGGUGAAAGAAAUAUACUGCCUAAUUCUAUAAAUAAUGUGGUUAUACAAGAUACAUUACCUCCUGAAAAUCCAGUUGAAUUAUUGAUUAAUGAAGCAUUUGGGGGCCUAAGGCACGAUGGGGUUGAUGUAGGUCCGUCACAAGUAGCGGGUGGUGAAGAAAGGUUAAAUGAUGAGCCUGCUUCAAAUGAUAAAGACUUUUUUGAGUUGCUUAGAGAUGGAAGUCAAGAAUUGUUUGAAGGGUCCAAGUACUCAAAACUAGAAUUUUUAUUAAAAUUGUAUCACAUAAAAUGUUUGUCUGGGCUAAGUGACAAGGGAAUGACCAUGAUACUAGAUUUGUUGAGGGAUGCAUUUACAUUUGCACGGAUCCCUCAUUCUUUUUAUGAGGCCAAGAAAACUAUCAGCAAGCUUUGUCUUGAUUAUAUCAAGAUAGAUGCUUGUCCAAAUGAUUGUAUGUUAUUUUGGGGGAAUGAUGCUAAUGAGGAAACAUGUAAGUAUUGUCACACUUCUAGGUGGAAGCCUGAUAAGAGAAGAAAUGAAGAUCUUGUGUCUGCCACAGGUAAGAAGAAAACCAAGAAAAAAACUAAGAAGCCCGCAAAGAUUUUGCGUUACUUUCCAUUAAAACCAAGGUUGCAGAGAUUGUUCAUGUGCUCUAAAAUAGCAAAAUAUAUGAGAUGGCAUGCUGAAGAUAGUAACAAAGAUGGAAUCAUGAGGCAUCCUAUAGAUGGUGAGGCAUGGAAGAGGUUUGAUACAACUUUUCCUGAAUUUGCCGUUGAUCCCCGGAAUGUUCGGCUUGGCCUAGCUAGUGAUGGAUUCAAUCCUUUUGGCACGAUGAGUACUAAUUAUAGCGUUUGGCCAGUCAUUUUAGUUCCAUACAACCUUCCUCCUUGGUUGUGUAUGAAACAAUCUAAUUUUAUUCUCUCAAUGAUCAUUCCUGGUCCACGUACGGCGGGAAACAACAUAGAUGUUUUCCUACAACCCCUUAUUAAGGAGUUGAAUGAGUUGUGGAGUGAAGGUGUCGAAACUUUUGAUUUAGGUUGCGAGCUGCUCUUAUGUGGACAAUUAGUGACUUUCCUGGACUCGAUAUCUUAUCUGGUUGGAACUCACAUACUGGUUUAG